AUGGAAAGUUACCUUCCCUUGGAUCUGAUCAUUUUUGAAAAACAUCCUAGAGAAAAUCAGCUCUUUAACAUGAUUCUGAAUCUAUUCUUCAUCAUCAUUGAAACACCGCCCUCCUAUCAACUUUACAACUUGGCUGGAAUCAGUGAUAAAACACCAGUAACAGCAGUAGAUCUAGGUUGCAGGGAUGCUCAAAUAGAGAAUGGAGAACAGAAUCAAGGCAGGUGUGUACAAUUAUUUACAAUGAAUCAAUUUGCUGUAAUAUUAUUGGUUAUUAUUAUAGAUAAGACGCAAAAAGAAGGACUUGGUAAUGUAUUGGAACAUGGAUCAGGAAUAUGCCAGCGUCCAAAAUUAGCACAGUUUAGGCAUUCCAACAACGCUUAA